GAAGCCCGGAAACGAGUUUUUAGACCAAUAUAAGUAAAGAAAGCACGCAGGUCUCGCGCAAUGACGCGACUUCCUUGAAUUAGCGGAGUAUAGCAGGAACAUCGUUGCUGCGGCAUACAUAUGAAUAGAAUUCUGGAGAGUUGUCUGAAAUGCUAGAUCAGUAAUUGAAUUUCUACCAUUCUUGCACGAAGAUGCUAAUUCGCACGAAAAUAAAAUGGGUGCUUAUGUCCAUGUGCCGAAUGAGCAGCCGCGGCCGUCAGAAUGUGCAAUAUUAGAACUUUAACAUAUCUCUAAAAUUCAUAUUAGGAUCGAGUUCAGAUAAUGAAACCCCUUUAACAUGUUCAUUCAUUAAGGAAUACGAUUAUCACUUUAUUAUCUUCUAUUUAUUUACUACACUUUUUUAGUUUUCUUUCUUUCCCCCUUUUCCCCCUAUAUACGCAUUCAUGGCUUAUCCUCCGUAUAUAGUGGAUUGAGCCACCAGGCACCAACCAGCCAACUCGCGCGCCACAAGCAUCAUCACAGUUCCCCCCACGGUGAGGGAAACACAUACCCCCACGGUGGGUAUGUACCAUUUGUGAAGAGGAACAACAAUCGUUCGUUCAGGCUCGAGGUGAUGGACGCUCCCGAGAAAGACCCGCCGGUGACGCCCAAAGCCGAAAAGGCGAAGUCCGCGCAGAAGCGGACGGGAUCGAGGCGGGACGAACGUUCUCGCCGACGUGCCGACAGCCAUGAGGUGUCGCAGGCUAGCGACAAGGGUUCCCGACGUAGUGACGCGGCCGUGGGGUCGCAACAGAGCUCCGUGAUGACUGCCGCCGAUGACCGGUCUCAAUUCUCGCGGCGUUCGAACAACUCCCGUCGCAGUCGGCGUUCCGCGUCCCGCGACUCCAGCAAGGCGGUGCCUUCCGAGAAGGCGACCGCACGCGUCGAGAUCGAAGCGGCUGUUCUAGAGGUCUCCUUGCGUCCUGAAGUCACACCGAGUAUUGAAGCCGCGCCGCCUCCUCAGGUCGCCCCAUCCCCUCAGGUCAUCCUUCCGUUAGCUGGCGACACGGCCGCAGCAGCGGCGUCGGCAUCCGCGCCCGUGCAGCAGCAGGAUGAGACUGGGACCUCCGAAAAGCCUGCGCCGGCAGCCCCUGGUAACCCGACGCAGCCGUCAACAAGGCGUGCUUCCAAACAACUCGAAGAAGCACCGGCGGGAACGCAGGCCACCGCGAUAGAACCUCAACCGGAAGCAGCUCCGGGCGAGCAGCAGCAGGCCGAGGACGCCGCUGAACAUCGGCCGGAGGCUCACCAGACAGCGCGCUUCAGCAACGCACCGGUGCACGAGGACGAGAGACCAGAGUCGAAGCGCCCUGUGGUCAUCGCUGCGGUGGCCAUAAUUGUCUUCGUGCUGGUGGUGGCAAUCCUCAAGCAGCUUCGCGCCGCGCCCGCCGACGUCGCCGUGUGCGUAGGGCAGGGUUGUGCAAAUAGCACGCAGACGAUCUAGCUGGCUCGCUUGCUGUCCCCGGCGCUGGUCUGCUCGAGCAUCGCGGAUUUUACCGACAGUGAGUCGUGCCUGGCCGUGGGGACGAUGGCGUGGAGUGCGUGCGACCUGUAUCGGCGGUACAGCGCUCCACUUGUGCUGGCCUACGUCGGGAAACGGCCCGUAUGAACUGAGCGGACGGGCACUGGGUCGUCGCGCUUAGCCGUGGGUCCUGUAUCUGUACGGGAUUAAUAGACAUGACGCUUUCGUUUUACACGCUUUUGGCAGACAACCCGCCGCCCACGCUCUUCCGUCGGGCAGCACGCGUAGAAGCCAGGCGUAUGUAGAACAAUGUUUGUGCUAUUUUGAGUAGCACAUUUGCAGUUUAUUGUUUACCCUAGCUUUUCAACUUUAUUACAUUUUGCGUUUGUUGUGCGUAUAUCCGACCAUGCAUGCGCAUACCAUACGCCUGCUCGCAUUUGUUCCCAUUAUAUGUUUGUGUUGCCGAUGUUCUAGAGAUUAAAUUUCCACUGACUAUUGUUCGCGACAUUGUUAAUUGCAUUAUGAACGCAUGUUUCAUAAUUCCGCUGGCUUCUCCCUAUACGCUUGCGCGAUCAGUGCGGAAUUUGUCACGUGUUGUGUCUGAUAUGAUUAUUCGUCAAGCGUAACCCGCAGAGACGUGGAGGCCAUAGGUUUCGCACCGAGGUUGGAGGCAGGGGGGACAUUUGCCUCCUAGGCCUAUGAGGAGGAGAGGCGGGGCGCACAAAUGUACCACUUGCAAAAUUC